GUCCGGGAGGUUGACAAGACAUGUCAUUCAAGUUUCAAAUGAGGUUGUCACAGAUGAUGACCGCUAUUCUGACCUCCUGAUGGCAUGGGGACAAUACAUCGACCACGACAUCACGUUCACACCACAGGCACCAGCAAAGCUGCCUUCGGGGAGGGCUGACUGCCAGAUGACUUGUGAGAACCAAAACCCAUGUUUUCCCAUACAACUCCCGGAGGAGGCCCGGCCGGCCGCGGGCGCCGCCUGUCUGCCCUUCUACCGCUCUUCGGCCGCCUGCGGCACCGGGGACCAAGGCGCGCUCUUCGGGAACCUGUCCGUGGCCAACCCGCGGCAGCAGAUGAACGGGUUGACCUCAUUCCUGGACGCGUCCACCGUGUAUGGCAGCUCCCCGGCCCUGGAGAGGCAGCUGCGGAACUGGACCAGCGCAGAGGGGCUGCUCCGCGUCCACGCGCGCCUCCGGGACUCCGGCCGUGCCUACCUGCCCUUCGCGCCGCCACGCGCGCCUGCGGCCUGUGCGCCCGAGCCCGGCAUCCCCGGAGAGACCCGCGGGCCCUGCUUCCUGGCCGGGGACGGCCGCGCCAGCGAGGUCCCCUCCCUGACGGCGCUGCACACGCUGUGGCUGCGCGAGCACAACCGCCUGGCCGCGGCACUCAAGACCCUCAACGCGCACUGGAGCGCGGACGCCGUGUACCAGGAGGCGCGCAAGGUCGUGGGCGCUCUGCACCAGAUCAUCACCCUGAGGGAUUACAUCCCCAGGAUCCUGGGACCUGAGGCCUUCCAGCAGUACGUGGGUCCCUAUGAAGGCUAUGACUCCACCGCCAACCCCACUGUGUCCAACGUGUUCUCCACAGCCGCCUUCCGCUUCGGCCAUGCCACGAUCCACCCGAUGGUGAGGAGGUUGGACGCCAGCUUCCAGGAGCACCCCGAUCUGCCUGGGCUGUGGCUGCACGAGGCCUUCUUCAGCCCAUGGACACUCCUCCGCGGAGGUGGUUUGGACCCACUAAUACGAGGCCUUCUUGCAAGACCAGCCAAACUGCAGGUGCAGGAUCAGCUGAUGAAUGAGGAGCUGACGGAAAGGCUCUUUGUGCUGUCCAAUUCCAGCACCUUGGAUCUGGCGUCCAUCAACCUGCAGAGGGGCCGGGACCACGGGCUGCCAGGUUACAAUGAGUGGAGGGAGUUCUGCGGCCUGCCUCGCCUGGAGACCCCCGCUGACCUGAGCACAGCCAUCGCCAGCAGGAGCGUGGCCGACAAGAUCCUGGGCUUGUACAAGCAUCCUGACAACAUCGAUGUCUGGCUGGGAGGCUUAGCUGAAAACUUCCUCCCCAGGGCUCGGACAGGGCCCUUGUUUGCCUGUCUCAUUGGGAAGCAGAUGAAGGCUCUGCGGGAUGGUGACUGGUUUUGGUGGGAGAACAGCCACAUCUUCACGGAUGCUCAGAGGCGUGAGCUGGAGAAGCACUCCCUGUCUCGGGUCAUCUGUGACAACACCGGCCUCACCAGGGUGCCCGUGGAUGCCUUCCAAGUCGGAAAAUUCCCUGAAGACUUUGAGUCUUGUGACAGCAUCCCUGGCAUGAACCUGGAGGCCUGGAGGGAAACCUUUCCUCAAGACGACAAGUGUGGCUUCCCGGAGAGCGUGGAGAAUGGAGACUUUGUGCACUGUGAGGAGUCUGGGCGGCGCGUGCUGGUGUAUUCCUGCCGGCACGGGUAUGAGCUCCAAGGCCAGGAGCAGCUCACCUGCACCCAGGAAGGAUGGGAUUUCCAGCCUCCCCUCUGCAAAGAUGUGAACGAGUGUGCAGACGGCGCCCACCCCCCCUGCCACGCCUCCGCGAGGUGCAGAAACACCAAGGGCGGCUUCCAGUGCCUCUGUGCGGACCCCUAUGAGUUAGGAGACGAUGGGAGAACCUGCAUAG